CAUGGACAGAGUCAUUUAUCAGCUGGAUUUGGAAUCCAUCCUAUAAUAAUUUAACAGAAGGUACUCUCUUACACUGUCCUUGUUUUAGUUUUAUAUCUUGAUUAUGAUGUUUCACAACAGGACCGGUCCUGUUUUUGAUAUGUUUUGUUCCAUUCUAGGGGAAAGACAUGCUGAGCUGUGCUAUGCCAAAUGUUUAUUUAUGGGGGCAUUACUCACAUUUAUUCAGGUAUAGAUUAUUGUAAAAAGGGUUGACUCUAGUUCACUGUCAGUAAAUAUUUAACAAUUGUUCACCCUAUGGGAGCUGCAAACCGGCACAUAUAUGUCCACCACUAGCCAGCAACACUGACGUGAAUAGUUGUUUUUGUUCAUACUAAAACGGUGAGAUAACAGAAGGAAAAAAGGUUGAUUUUAGCUCAUUUAUUCCUACAAUGAUUGAAAUACUUUCAGGUGCAAAUCCCACCUGCAAAUUGGCCCAUAGAGCCAAGUUGGCUAUAAUCAUGUCAUAUUCAACAACUGCAAUUGGAAUAAUUGUUUUCUUAAAAAUGCCCAAUAAUAUAGAUGAAUUUUCCUAUCUGUAUAUAUAUGAUCGACUCUUAUAAAUUUCUCAUCACGAUGAAAAUCUGGUCAGCUUCAUUUGCAGAACUCUAAAAAUCAGAAGUGCUGAUGAAACUUACAAGUAAGUUUUGGAGUGAAUUUUGGAACAUUACAAUGUACUGAUCCAUUGAAGAUAAUUUUUUUUCACAGCAAUUAUUAUUGCAGACCCAUAUAAUUGUAUAAUUUCUGUUGUUGAUUUGUAUAUUGUGGUAUUUCUCUCAACUCAGGACUUGCCUGGACAUGGUCGCCCAUCAGCCAUCAUCUCUUCAGCAUUCACUACAAAGAAAGGACUUUAAAGGGGGAGUUCAUCUUGGCAUUGGAGGAUUUAAUUUGGUGAGUCUACAGAAACUUAGGUGAACUUCAUUUGGUCAGCCCAUUAAAAAUUAUCACGAUUAUCUUACUGGUAUGUUGUGUCCAUUCUAAAGCUAUGAGUAUUUGGAAGUGCUUGUGUUUGCCAUCAAUACUAGACCAUGGAUUAGGACAAUUGUGUCUUGUAAUGCCUCUAUCCAUGCACCCAUGAUUGGUAGGGACAAAAUGUUGGAGCAGUUCAGAAAGUAUUAUGCUGGAAGUGGAAGAGAGAUAGACCACUUUCCAUUUCAGGAAGAGCAGCAAUUUUCCUUGUCACUCUGUGUGGAAGAAGCUGGGAUGAGUUAAUUUUCCUCAAAAGUAAAUUAUCUUAUUUAGACUGCCAAUGUAACAUUUUGCUCACAGAAUGUUAACAUGUUGACAUUUUGAUUGUCUUCUUUUAGAUGUUGUCCCUGCUUCCUACAAAGAUAAUCAAGUUGCUAGAGUGGAUUGGUUUUCCAGGAGACAAGGUAACACUGUUGUUCCUCAGACUGAGUCAAAAUCCAAAUCCUUAGACAUGGCAGAGAUUCUUUCAAAGAGCCAAUUUGAGUUGUGUGGAAACUAAAAUAAAUGCUUUUGCUUAACUUCAAUGUGAAGUUUUAAUGGCUUACUUAUUGAAUUCAUAUAGGAUUUAAAAUGUGAUUAUCACUUUUGAUAACUUUUUUAUUCGUUUCAGUUAAUAUAUAAAACUCAAUCAAAAUGCCAUAAGGUUUAGACAAGUGAUUUUAUUUUGAAAUUUCAUGUCAACUCUCCAGAGGUGAUUUACAUGAAACAUGAUCCUCACAAUUAAGUCAAUAUAUAAUUCUAUGACCAGAUGUUUGGAGUGCACAAACUUAAUAACCCUUUACCCCCAAACAUCAGUAUGCAUAUUCACCAUACUGUUUUCUAUACAUUUCCUAAGGUGCUGACAAAGAGAAUUUGUUUAUCAAUCAAGAGAAUAUUUAGUUGUUGAUCAUUUGCUUUAUUCUCCAGUGUUCUCCACAGAUUUUGAAGUAGUCAGCUAGAAUUGUAAAGUAGCCAGCGCUUCCAAAUCAAGCGCAAAUUCAAGCUAUGCUUGAAAUUGUCUUGCAAAAAAAGGGAAAUAAUUUUCUGCGGUUUUGUCUAACAAAAGUAGCCAGUGAUUGAGAUGCGAGUAGCCAGCUAAAACGCUAGCUGCCUGUGCUUCUGGAGAACACUGAUUCUCAUGACCUUACUGUGUGAUGCAGGGGUUAUACUGCUGGGAGAAAUUAGAUGCUAGUCACUCUCAGGGGUUAAAUGGUUAAUCCAGCUCUUAGUGAAGGGCAAUACUUGGAUGUAUAACUUAAUUCUCUUAACUUAUCUACUUGAAGAUGUGUAGUAAUAAGAAAAGGAGAAUUGAUUAUCAGAUGUUGAAAAAACCCAACGAUGAGAUGUGACUUUUAACUCCCAUUUUAUGAACAGUUUUAGGUCUGGAUCAUUUCGACCAAGGAUGCUGAGAGACCAGAACUUAAGAUCGCCCAUGUGUGCCAUGGUUCUGCUCGCCUAUCACAGUGUAAUAACUUAUUACCUUGGUAAGUGGUCAGAUUUACAGCUUUAAUUACCUUGGUAAGUGGUCAGAUUUAUUACUUAUUGUGGUCAGAUUUACCAAAGGAAUUGUCUUAAAAUGUUUACUGUAUAAUAGUUACUACGUUUGUGCUGCUUUGUGGUCAGAUCUAUCAAUUUAAUUGUCCUGAUAUGUUAAGUGUGUGACUACAUUUGUGCUGCUUUGUGGUCAGAUUUAUCAAAAGAAUUGUCUUUAGAUUUUUACUGUAUGACUACAUUUGUGCUGCUGUAAAAAGCUGCGAAAUUAAGCAAACGACAGUUUGAAACCUGAAAAAGGCACUUGGUGUUUGCAGCGUUAAGUACAUCGACUUGACUACUAUUCUGCCUGCAGAAGAUUAUGUUGUGAGCAAAUAAUCUCUCAACUUUAGCUGAUUUCUAAGCACUCUAAGGUCUCCUUUUACGAACUUUAACAAGUGCUCAUAGUUGUAGCACACAGAAAAUCUCACUGUUCCAGGCCUGCGUUUAUAUCUCUUGAAGUGCCACUCUAAGCACUAAGAAGCGGUCAAGUAAACAUUUUAAAAGAUGAAAUUCUCGUUAAAAUGUAAAAUUCUUCAGUCCACUUUAAUAACUUUCGAUGCUAAUUAGUUACAUUAACUAAUUUUGGUUCCAACUUAUAGAGCGUGCGAAACAGGUCGUAUGACAAAGAGGAGAGUUUGCACAAUCACGUCUCGCAAUACAUCAAGCAGGGUUUGUCCA